AGUGACGGAGCGCGUGGAUGACUGACUGAUAGAAAUUUACAACUGCAAGUCACCGGUUAGCUGAUCGAGUUGUUUACUACAGAUUUUGAAGUAAAGAUCAUAGCUUGACGUCCAAGAUGGCGCGGAUGAUGAGUACAGCCGUGUCCGACAUGGUGUUGGCGCUGUCUGUCUUCUGGUUGGUCAAAUACCUUCUUGUGCGGAACAUGUUUGCAGCUCUGGGAUUCAUGAUCCAGGGUUUUGCGGCUGCCGCAGGUGUCGCCAGAUUUUCGUCCCGAGCUCCUGGAACCACCAUCACAAAUGUUCACAAAUAUCUCUCUUGGUUUGCAAGAAUCGCUGGUAUGCCACUGGUGGCUGUUGGAUUCUGUAAAUAUGUUAUGCCAUAUUUGAUGAAUCUGAACUUUAUGUUUGCAUUGGGUGUGAUUUUUACCAAUAAGCUGCUUGAUGAGAGCCAGCGUUCCCUGGUAAACGAGGCCUGUAGUGGGUUUGCCAUGUUAACUAUCAUUGCAGUUUCCUAUACAACGUGGAACGUUGCAGGACUCGCUGCUUCCUUCGUGUAUGUUGUGUCGGGCCUUGUAAUUGGCUCUGAAGGAUCCUGGGGUGGUAUGCAACGAAUAGACAUUUUACACUACGCACUUGUUGUCGGCAAUGUAUUUUUCUACUCAGCUCUGUAAAUAUUGUUAAUUCAAUUUGAUUACAGUAUGUCAAUCUGCAGAAGUUUUAAUGAUGACCUUUCUAUGCUGUAGAUGUUGAUUACCCAGUUUGCUUGCUUAAGUUUUCAUAUGGUUUAGCCAAGAGACUGUAGUCUGCCAGAAGUCAACAGUCUUCAAUUAUUCAAGAGCAGUCAAAACAUGAUCAUAUGGGUUCGCUUUAUGUUUGAACUUUGUCUCACUUAAAGUCACUGACUUGUUCAAAGACCCACAAUCAGUUUUGACAAGAAAGCCUGUCUGACAUAUUUCACACACUGCAUCUGAUAAAAUCAGUUCUUUUGACAAA